AUGGAUGAAAAAGACGAAAGCGACAAUGACAGUGACUCAAAUAGUAAUAGUCUGAAUAUAUACAAAUACAGAAAACGGAAAGACCGAAAUGAGCUCUUCAAAGAACCAGAUGGCGAUACAUAUUACGAAGACUUGUGGUAUCAGAAAUCAGGUGUUUUUAAACCAAAACUAAUGGACCUAUUACCCUACCCUUUGCGAAUGGAAAUUUGCUAUGAUUUGAACGCCGUGCCGCUGUACAGUUCAUUGAUAUUUAGAAAGUUACCAGAGCCAUUUCUGAGAAGAUUAUCUUUGGCUAUGUCCCACCAGUUUUAUUUGCCGGGGGAUAUAGUAUUCAACCAAAAUCAAACAAAGACGCUUAUGAUUUGCAUAACGAAUGGAGUCUUAGAAUUAUUAUCUGACGAAGACGAUGAAAGCCCAAUGAUAUCCUUUACGAAAGGCACAUGCUUGGGAGAAGUAUCGCUAGUUUACAAUAUACCAGCUAAAUGUACAGUCAAAGCCGCUACUUACGUGGAAUGUCAAGUUCUUCACAAGAAAGACUUCAUAAAACUGAUGAUUACCUACCCAGAUUUAGAAGACAAAAUUCGACUUCAAAUUGAAGAAAGAAUUAAGCGCUGCCAGCGCAGGAAGCAAACAAGAAACCAUGAAAAACAAUUGUCACUUAAUAUUUACAUUUCUAAAAAUAUUAAGAAAAGCAGCAUCAAAUGUUUGAAAGACAAAUUGAGAUCCAUCCAAGGUAAAAUGGUUAAAACCGAAAACGUGGACGAUAACUUAGACCUGAAUUGUCUGGACCUUUAUAUUUUAUCUGAGCACGUAAAGAAGAAGACUACAAUGUUUACCUGUAUGAGCGGUAAAUUUCCCUGGAUACUGGAAGCGGACUGUCAUCUCAUUUGCUAG